AUGUCAUCGCUGGAGAAUUUUUCCAAUGCCAUUGCAAACUCACUGUGGAGUUUCAUCAGAACGCAAUCGGUACCACAACAUACAUUUCGAUUAAUAUAAUUAAAUAAUGUGUUUCAGAUAGAGCCCGAGGCUAGAAAUAAUUCAUUGGAGAGGUGCAAAGUGGAGAUUAAAAAUGUGCUUGCAAAAGUGGAGGACGAAUUGAAUAAACGUUAGUUUCAAGAUAACCAUUUAUUGUUUUAUAUAGCUAUUUUACAAAUUAACUUCAGUGUGCAAGACGUCCGAGGACGCCGAGAAACAUUUCCAGGAACAGAAAGCUGAAAUUGAGAAGGCUUUGGAGUAAGCUUCCCCUCCACCUAUUUCUUAUUUAUAAACAAAUUUUAUUUAGGACUUUGAGUGAGAAGAUGAAGAAGGACGAAGAGCAGGCUGACUUGGAACAUGCCAAAAAAGAAGGAAUGCUGAAGAUCGCAAACGCCGAAAAGGAGAAGAAGGCGGUACAUGAGGGGCUGAGAAUGGAGCUGGAAGCGAUGUUCACGUUGGCGGAACUGUUUCAGAAAUUACUGAAGGCAAUACAGAUGACGAUUGACAAAAUUGCAGAGAAAAAGUGGGUUCACAAUAUUUUAGGAUCCUCAUGACUUUUUCUCAGGGAGCAUCGGGAAUUGGAGAACGAACAAACCCUCGAACAAAUUCUGAAGCAAAUUGAAGGGGUGCUUGAGCGUGGUCAAAUCUCCAAGGAGUUCAGCCAAGUGGUUCAAACUAUCUUUGAACCGCUCAAUCAAAUGUAUAACUCGUUGAUGAAUAGUCAAAAACUCGUUAGUUAAUCAAGAUGAUCAAAGUUUAAAUUAUGUAUUCAGGGUUCCGAGAGUGAAAAGCCAAUCCUGGACAGUAUUCCGAAAGAGACGAAUGCUUCGUUGAUUCGCCAACUCUCCACCGAUUAUGAGCAACGAUUGAAAGCGAUGAAAGAUCAGGCUGCUAGGUAUGUAUAUCAUAUUCGAUCCUCAAAUUUCCAUGUUUUUAGGCAAGAGGAAGAGGAAGAACGGAGAUUCCAGGAAAAGUUUCAGCAGAGAAGAGAAGCAAGAACGAAAAAAAAUGAGGAGAGCAGGAGAGAGCAGAAGAGGAUUCAGGAAGAGCAGGAUGAGAAACGGAAGAAAAUGGACGAGCAACAGAAGAUUUUCGAUGAGGAGAGAGAGAGAAGAAGACGCGAAUUGAAUGAGCACAUAAAAAAAGUAGAAGCGGUAAGGAUUUUUUUGGUUGCCUAAUGCAAAGCAUCUUCAUUUUUAGGAGAACAAGAGAGAAAUCGAAGAAAUGAACAGGAAAUGUGCCGUGGAAAAAAUGCGGUUUGAAACUGAGCAGGAAUUGUAAGAAUGAAAAUUAUCAAGUUUGGGAGAAAAAAACAGAUAUACAGAAGAAGAGAACGUUUCGAAAACGAUGUUCAUAAGAACAACGAGCAAAUGGAUGAGAAAAACCGAGCGCACGAGGAGGAAAUGACAAGAAGAGCUGAGUGAGUUUUUUAGACCGCCUGAUCAGAAACGACCGGAUAUUGUUUUAGAGAAAACCGCAAAGCAGACAUGGAACACCUAGAAAGAAUUCGUCGGAUGAAAGAGGAAUUUCUGAGAAACAGAGAAAAAUCGAAAAAGAUGUGGGAGGAGAAAAUGGAAAAAAUGAAACAGCAGUACGAGCAAAUAAAGCAAGCAUUCAAGUACCGCAUUUGGAACGAUAUUAUCGAGAGGAACUGGACGAAUCGUUUGAACUUUUUGAGAUCCGCCAAUCGGGAGGUCGCGAGGAGUUACUCCUAUUUUCAGAGUGCUGUAAGUAUUGCAAAUAUACACAUCAUGAUGAUUCCAUGUUCAGGCUAAUAAUCUCCAAUACCGUCUGAAUAGCGCUCAAGUUCCGGAAAUCACAAAAGAAAAACAAUUGGUUCAGCCAUAUCUUUUUGCUCUUCUGCAAGCCAUUGACUCGGAACAAUCGAUCAUGAAUAAAGAGCUCGAAACUCUUCAGGAGAUGUUCGAUAAAACUGGAAAAAGUUUUGUCAUCCAAAUCAGGCAAUCGCUUACUCUUGUCAUAAAUGCUUGUGCGGAGUUUAAGAGUGCUCUAAACAAUUAUAAGAAUGUGUUGGAAUCGGUAAGCAAAUAUAAUCGAUUGUCAAAAGAACUAUUACCCAUUCGUAGAAGUGUGCUACGCCCCUUCUGUGCCUUUAAAUUUGAGGGGGAGAAUCGGUAGAUCACAAUUUUAGUAUAUUUUGUUAGCACUUGUAAUAUGAACCCAUCUGAAAUCGUCUUUUUUGUCAGAAAAUUCCCGCUCAAAUUUAAGCGCUGGUUUGAAAAGUUUCGCUCCGUGAGAGGCUAGCUAUCGUGAAAGGUGAAAGGCGUCAAGUUGCACACUCUUGCGAAUACAUGAUUAGCAAUAGUUAAAGUGUUCUCAAUUUCCAGAUAGACAAUAUCUCAACUGGUGAACACUCAAACUUCAUUGAACACAUCCGUAGAGCAUCUGCUCAACUAUCUUCUUGUUCUUCUAGCAUUCCGACACUUGCUGAGCUGAAGACGAAGUAUCAGAAAGAAAUGAAGAGUCAAGAGGGAAACACGCAUCGAGACGUGGUUCGGGUACAUGAGCAGACUGUGAUAAUUGAGGAAAUUGAAUGA